AGUUUCAGCAGUGAUGCGCUGCCCUGAUCCUCUUGAGAAACUCUAGCCGAUCAGCAUUGUAAGGCGAUGACAUAACGAUGUCAGUGCAUGUUGACGACUCUCGUGGACCGAUUGGUUGCCCUUCAUUGAGCCACAUCGAAGAAACAACCUCCGAACAGAGUCGACGUCAUGUUAUCUGCUCCGUCGCCAAGACGCCCUUCUCGCAGGCCAGGUGAAACUCCUUCACGCAAUAAGAAGCCUCCGGCUCAAACCAAAGCGGCUUCGCACGGGCGGGACGCUCCCAAUCCGCCGGACCUCCCCGCUGAUGAUCAGCGCUCCCCGCCGACAAGCGUCAAGCCCCUUUCGGCCAUAGGCGUCAACGGCUUGCUAGCGCAAACAAACCGUACGGGCACACCGGAUAGCACGGCAGACGAACAUUCAGUUACAGGCGAGUCGUCGAAGGGAAACAUCCGGACGCGUAAGACCGAGGCAGAACGUAUUGAAUUCCUGCAAAGCGAUCCGCUCUCGGGAGAGGUAGAACCGCAUCGCGUCUACUGCAGAGCGUGUGAGGAGUGGGUGCAGCUCAAUUUGAAGCGGAAAUAUGUGAUGCAGCACUGGAUUCUUCACCGCAAACAACAUCACAAGCAGCAGGAUGCCUCCGAGAGGCCAGAGGCUGAGGAUACGAAAUCUGACGCCGCGGAAGAGGAGCGCACAAGAAAGGAUAUCAUCGUCGAUGAAGUCGCGGCGGUGGUAGUCGAUGCAGUCCACGAUGAGAGGCCUGCUAGUGAACGGCCAAGCAGCCAUGUCGCCACAGCUCAGCGUAAGCUGAGCCUUGUGAACGAUGGUCAAGUGAAGAAGAUCAGUGAACAGAGCGUGGAAUGUGCAAUAUGUCAUGCAGAGGUAUCCGUCAGGGGAGAGGUCGAUUAUGAUUUGACACUCUGGAAGGAGCACAAGGCAACGUGCGCUCCGUCAACUCAACAUCCCGCUGUCGCCCAAAGCCCAGCCAAAGCUACCUCACCGGUGGUACCCGUGGAAGCUGGUCCAGCCUCUUCGGAGCCGCCUUCGCGAACUAGCCGUAAACGUCGACGUGAAGACGACGAGGAGGAUCAACCACAGCCUCUACGGAGGAGACCAUCACUUGCGCAAAUGCUCGAGGUCGAGGACGCAAAGACUUUCUUCGACCUGCUGGCUCACCCUUUCCGCUCGUUCAUGCGCGGCUAUCGCGAGGGUCGGGGUCUCCCGCCGGAGUAACCCAUAUCUUUACGUGUUCUCUUCACAAUCUGUGUGCCAUCAUCCUUCCGUACAACCCCCUUGCAGUUGUCGAUAUUUAUACCAUGCGGAACGGUCACAGCGCCGUUGUACCUCGUAUCUGCUGCUACUGCUUACAUUCUGCUUUGCCUGGUGUAUUGACGGA